AUGAAGAAACCAAGCACCAACGUCCUCCCACACGAAACCCCAAACCUCAGGGACCAUUACACAAUCGGAAACAAGCUCGGCCACGGCCAAUUCAGCACCACCUACCUUUGCACCGAAAAAUCCACCGGAAUCGAUUACGCCUGCAAAUCCAUCCCCAAACGGAAGCUUUUAUGCAGAGAUGAUUAUGAUGAUGUCUGGAGGGAGAUUCAAAUCAUGCAUCAUUUGUCUGAAAGCCCAUGUGUUGUAAGGAUCAAAUGCACUUAUGAAGACAAUGUUUUUGUUCAUUUGGUGAUGGAGUUAUGUACAGGUGGUGAGCUUUUUGAUCGGAUUGUUAACAAAGGGUGGUAUAGUGAAAGACAAGCGGCUAAAUUCAUGAAGACGAUUGUUGAGGUGGUGGUGGCUUGUCGUUCUCUUGGUGUUAUACACCGUGAUCUUAAACCCGAGAAUUUUUUGUUUGAUAGUCAUGAAGAGAACGCACAGCUUAAAGCCAUUGAUUUCGGGUUGUCCAUUUUCUACAAACCAGGAGAGUAUCUGUGUGACAUGGUUGGAAGUGCCUAUUAUGUUGCUCCGGAAGUUUUGCAUAAACGUUAUGGCCCGGAAAUCGAUGUGUGGAGUGCCGGGGUUAUUUUUUACAUAUUAUUAUCCGGGGUUCCACCUUUUUGGGCAGAGACGGAUUCGGGCAUCUUUAAAAAGAUUUUAACAGGACAACUCGAUUUUGAAUCGGAACCCUGGCCACAAAUUACCGAAACCGCUAAAGAUUUAAUCAAAACAAUGCUCGAUAGAAACCCAGAGCAAAGAAUAACCGCUCAUCAAGUCCUACAUCACCCAUGGAUCAUGGAUGACCAAGUUGCCCCCGACAACCCAUUAGAUUCUACGGUUGUAUCACGCCUCAAACAGUUUUCCGCCAUGAACAAACUCAAAAAGAUGGCUUUACGCGUGAUUGCGGGAAGGCUUUCGGAAGAAGAGAUCGGUGGUUUAAAGCAGUUAUUUAAAACGAUUGAUACAGACCAUAGUGGGACGAUAACAUUUAAAGAACUGAAAGAAGGGUUGGCUGGAAUUGGCAACAAUGUAAUGGAAUCUGAACUCGUGGAGCUUAUGAAUGCAGUGGAUACCGAUAACAGUGGGACAAUUGAUUACACUGAAUUUUUAACAGCAACACUGCAUUUAAACAAGAUGCAAAGAGAGGAAAACCUGCUUGCAGCUUUUUCUUUUUUUGAUAAGGACAACAGUGGGUAUAUAACACAAGAUGAGCUUCAACAAGCGUGUAGAGAUUUCGGUUUACAAGAUGUUCCAUUGGAAGAAAUGAUCAAGGAAAUUGAUCAAGAUCAUGACGGACGGAUAGAUUAUGGAGAAUUUGCUGCGAUGAUGAGAAAGGCGGAUGGAGGGACUGGAAGCAGAACGACACGAGGAACUCUAAAGUUUGAUUUAGCAGAAGCUUUAGGAGACAGUCAAAGUAAUAAAACACAAGAUUAACUCAAGAAAAUCAUCCUGUUUUUUUUUUUU